AUGUCUUUUGUAGUCACUGUUUCUCGCUACCCACGACUGCUCCUGCGCAUCCAAAGCCUAACAGUUGACGACCAUAACACGAUUGAUUCCUCGCAGGCCGAAUACCUCGAACUGGUAAUUGCUCGGUUGGAGAACCUGCGCGUGCUGAUUAUCAAGGGCCAGUAUACCCAAUUUUCCUGGGUGCCACAGGACUUGGUGAUCCGUCACAGCAGGCUAUAUGUGAUGUCGCUUCAGUCACCAUCGCUCGGCAAGCUCCAGGAAUGCACUUUGAGUCUCGGCCAAGGAGACCCCUGGGAUAUGGCAGGCCGCGAAUGCAUCUUCGUCCAUCCCAGCCUGCAAAAACUAACCAUCAUCGGCGCCCAAAUGAGCAAUUUCCACUCCUUCACAGAGCGUAUCACACUUACCUCCCCCCUGAAAAGCCUCAUUCUGUACUGCUGUGAUCUCAGCCCAGCAACCUUGCAGAAGAUCCUGUCUGUCCCUCGCAACCUGCGCGUCCUCACAUACGGAGGCGCCCGCCAGGUCGGCGAUCCGCUGUACACAUCGCCCCGUCCUCACGAGUACAUUGAAGCCAUGCACGCCCAAGCCGGCUCUCUCAAAAUCAUCGUCUUCCACCCCUGGAACUUCAAACCGAGCCAGUCGCGCGCGAUCACAUUCCGCCGCUUCACCUCCCUGCUCUCACUUACAUUCAUGCCUUUUUGCGUUCCGACACGGGAUGCUCCGCCAAUAUACGUCAAUCUCACUCCCCUGGCCGAUAGCAGCCUUCCAGCUAGCUUGAUCACCCUAACCAUCCUGCACAGAGCCUGCAAGGCUAUAUCCGGGCUGGAGAACAUGAUGAAGAGGCAGCUCGCCCCGAUAUUCCACGCCGGGUAUCUCCCUAAUCUGCGGCAGGUGACGUUCUUCGUCCCGAUGCACGCUAUAACUCCAAACGGUAUUCCUGAUCUACCGCUUGAUUGGGAUUUGUACUUUCGUGGGCGGGUGAGGGCCAAGAGGCGGACGUAUCAGGUUAUUCAGCACCAGCCUUUGGACUGCGAGUGCUGUGACGUUGAUAUGUUCAAGACUAUAGUUGAUAAUAAAGUCAUUGAGCUUACUCCUCUGACUCCUGGGUUUCCGGAAUGGUUGUUCAAUCAACUGCGACGCUAGGUAGGAUGAUUCUUUUCUUUUGCUUGGGUGGUGGAGGUUGUUUGUGCGGUAUGCGGAUCUGUUUGGUUUAUUUCUGGGUGAUAGAGAGGCUAAUGUGGUCACUGCACCUGCUUCUCUCCGGGUUGUAGUUCUUUAGUACGGCGUAAUGUCAUGAUUUGGUUGGUUUGUUUUAGAUUACUUUCGGACAAGAUAGGAUAAUAUAACCCUUAUGUCACCCCUUUCCAGGGCCUAAAAUAAACCAGUAGAGAUAUCUCCGCUUUUAUAGCAGAAAAGGAGUCUACCAUCAUCCAUUCAGAGAAAGGGGUUAGUUAUGUCGUUGGAGUUUCCCGGUCCCGGGUCCAGUUCCAAGUUGGUAGGGCGUGUUCUAUUAAUGUUUCUCGCCCAGAGGGGUCGGAAGACUAUAUUAAUAUAUUAA